CGCGGAGGCGGGGCCGGGCCGGGCUCCCCGCUCUAGCUCCGCCCUGGCCGCGCCAGGACCCUUUAAACAGGCGCCGGGGCGGCUCCAGCAGCGGUUACCGAGAGUGAGUCCGGCCGCGUUCCCGGAGCGGACACGCCGCGCUGCCCUGCGAGUCAGGAUGCCGAACUGGGGAGGAGGUAACAAGUGUGGUGCCUGUGGACGAACAGUCUACCACGCUGAAGAGGUUCAGUGUGAUGGGAGGAGUUUCCACAGAUGCUGCUUUCUCUGCAUGGUUUGUCGGAAAAACUUAGACAGCACAACUGUAGCAAUACAUGACGAUGAGGUUUACUGCAAGUCCUGCUAUGGAAAAAAGUACGGUCCUAAAGGCUAUGGCUAUGGCCAAGGAGCAGGCACACUCAACAUGGACAGAGGCGAGAGACUGGGCAUCAAGCAUGACAACACACCAUCUCCUCACCGACCUACAACAAGUCCAAAUACUUCAAAGUUUGCUCAGAAAUUUGGAGGUGCAGAGAAAUGCUCUAGAUGUGGUGAUUCUGUUUAUGCUGCUGAGAAAGUAAUAGGAGCCGGAAAGCCUUGGCACAAAAACUGUUUCCGAUGUGCUAAGUGUGGGAAGAGUCUAGAAUCCACAACCCUGACAGAGAAAGAAGGUGAAAUUUAUUGUAAAGGCUGCUAUGCAAAGAACUUUGGCCCCAAAGGAUUUGGAUAUGGCCAGGGAGCAGGUGCCCUUGUUCAUGCUCAGUGAAGGAGUAAAAUCCAAGGCUGAUCAUGAUUCACUGAGAGGCCUUCUCUGCAACAAGGCACAGCUUAAGUGUUACUAGUUACUGUGAAACUGACACUAGUGUAUUAUAAUAUUGCUUAGAUCGAGCUUUUACCCAAUGCUAAGGCACUACGUAUUUCUCUAUUUUUCUCAUGCACCACAUGUUAAUGAACACUAUAUUAGCACUGUCAUUCCACUUCAAUAAAGCUUUGCCUAUUGUGACUGUU